AUGCGUGAACUCAGGCACAAAUUUGUUUCUGAAGAAAUUCCGAAACAGAUCACCAAUGCACUGUAGUACUAAAAAAAUAAUCAUAUUACGCAAUACGUUUUUUUCAGGAACGAGCUCAGAAGAGCUAAAUUCGAGAACGACAUGUGGAUCAUGAGCAAGGUGCGUUACUUUCUCAAUCUUCUAUACUUUAUUCUGAUUUUAGAAAAAGUCUGUGCGCGAAGACGGAUUGGAUGAUGAAGAUAAAGAGAACCACGCUAUCGCAACUCCGCAAAAAGUAUCGAAAGAGUGUGUGAAUUCUCUUUAUGUACUUUUAAUUGAAUAAUAUCUUAGAAAGAUCAAUGCGAUGACGUUAUCCUGAAUUCGGUCAAAGACGCUGCGAUUUCCGAAAACUGCUUGAAAACAGCAGAAGCGACAGCAAAUGAGAUCUCCGCCGAGGUUACUACUGUCGAGCCAGAAAAAGCAGCUUAG